ACGUGUUUGGUCCUGUAGAUGUCACGUGUUUGUUCCGGACUGUUGUGAUGAGGACAGUUAGCUGUUAGCUGUUAGCAGUUAGCAGUUAGCUGUUAGCUGUUAGCUUCAGCUAGCGUCUCAUUCAACAUGUGGGCAGGAGAGCACGGAGCCGCGUUCCUCUACCAGCUGCCCCCCUCCGUCCUCUGGGAGUUCUGCCGGGUCAUGGACGGGCUGUCGGACCUGGACUGGACCCGCUUCGCCUCAGAGGUCCUCGGGGAUCAGACCGCCGUGCGAUUGGCCGAGAGGAGGAAGAGGCGGACCGACUGGGUGAUGAACCAAUGGGAGAACAGGAACGGCUCCGUCGGGGAGCUGAUCCACCUGUUGGAGCGUCUGCAGCUGCUCCGCCCCCGUGAUGUCAUCCUGGGCUGGUCCUCCAGUCUGAAGCCUUCAGCCUCCCCUCUUCUUCCUCUUCUUCCUCAUCAUCAUCCUCAUCAUCCUCAUCAUCCCAAACAGUCUGAGGCCACGCCCACACUGAGCACCAUCAGACUGAGCUCCACAGAGGAUGAAGGAGGAGGAAGACCUCUACCCAGACCGGCCCCGCCCCCCAACCUGCACUCUGACCUCCACCAAGCCGCCCAGAACCCCCUCCUGCAGACUAUCGGCAGCGGGGUGAUGUGCUGGUCGUAUGAAGAGGUGCAUGCUGGGACAGUGGGGUUCUCCCCCUCUCUUCAGGUGGGGGAGGGGGGGUUUGGCGUCGUGUACCGGGCGUCUCUGAGGAACACCGACUGUGCUGUGAAGAGACUCAAACAGGACUGUCUGCUGGACUGGACUCGGCUGAAGGAGAGCUUUCAGACUGAAGUGGACAAACUAUCAAAGUUCAGACAUCCGAACAUCGUGGAUCUGUUGGGUUUCAGUGAAGGACCAGAAUCAGUGUGUUUGAUCUACAGCUACAUGGAGCUGAAAUCUCUGGAGGACCAGCUACACAACGAGUGUGUGUCUUUGUCCUGGUCUCAGAGGGUCUCUGUGGUGGGAGGAGCCUCAGCGGCGCUGCAGUUCCUGCACUGCCCCCCCGACGGACAUGCGGCGCUGAUCCACGGAGACGUGAAGAGCUCAAACAUCCUGUUGGACCGCCACCUGGUGGCCAAGCUGGCGGACUUCGGUCUGGCCCGGUUUGCGUCCCGCGGCUCGGGGGGUCGCUCGGCGGCUCAGACGGCGUCGGUGGGUAAAACGGCGACGGUCCGAGGAACGCUGGCGUACCUGCCCGUCGAAUACGUGAGGGACGGAGAGCUGGGGACGGCCGUGGACGUCUACAGCUUCGGAGUGGUUCUGUUGGAGGUUCUGACGGGUCGUCGAGCUCUGGAGAGAGACAGGAAGUCAGGAGAGAGAUACCUGAAGGACCUGGUGGAGGAACUGGAGGACAGUCAGACUGGUUCGUCUUCAGAGGCCUGGAGGAAACAGCUGGACCAGAGGCUGAUCACAGGGGGCGCUGCAGAGCCGUCUGGCUGCAUGGAGGUGGUGUCGCUGGCCUGCAGGUGUCUGGACAAGAAGAGGAAGAAGAGACCAGCAAUGACAAAGGUGUUUGACAAACUUCAGGAUAUCCACGUCACCGCGAGUAAAACUGGGUCUUCCUCCCCCCAACACCUUCCUCACCCUCAUCUUCAACCCCCCUCCAUGUCCUUACCCAAACCCCGUCCCCUGGAUCACAGUGUGGGGGCUCUGUCCAACCAGCUGUCCAAACUGGGACCUCUGGAGGACACCUACCAGCCCCAGUCCCCUCAGGUCUCCCCCUCCUCCUCCUUCUGCUCCCUCACCCCUCCUCACGCGCUGCACUGCUCCUCCUCCCUCCCCCCCCCUCCUCCUCCUCCUCCUCCUUCCUCCUCUUUCCCCGGUCCGUGUGAAACCGAUGAGAGUCGAGGCUUCUCCCAGUAUGACCUUCGCUCCCAGUUCAGAUCUAACGGGACCAGCUCCAGCUCUCUGUCUCCAUCCACAAGACACCAGUAUCACAGUCCUACUGGGUCCACAGAGUCCCAGUUGAGCCAGCCUUCCGUCCCCACUGAAGACCAGUACAACUUCCCUCCCCUCACCGGGCCCCCCCCAGGACCAGACACUAAAGGGCAGACCCCAGCAGGGCUCCGUGGUGUCCCAGAAUGCCUCUCUCCUGCGGGGUCCCUGCAGUCGUCGUCUCCAGAGCCCUCAGUCCUCAUGAAUCCCAGUAAGCAGCGUUUCCUGCAGAAGAAAACUCUGUAUGAAGAGGGAAAGAUUCAAACUCCUGAGCUGCUGUCGUCUGAGGACCUCUAUGGAGGGAGGAGCUCUGACCGAGGACCAGAGGAGAGUGACGAGCUGGAUUAUCUUCCUGCUGAACACCACUGACUCAGACACUCAGAGCGAUGAUGACUUUUAUCAAAGUGAUUGUAAUAUGAACUUUAUGGCGAACGCUGUGUAUCACAUGUGUUGUCGUCUCUACGCUGAUGUUGAAUCAACAUGUGAAGCAGAACUGGAACAAUUAAUUCACUAAGUUUUUACAAAUCAAUAAACAGUCCUACAGCUGCAAAGGCUCACAUGAAGGUAUGACAUC